GAAUAAGACCAUGGAAUAAGACCAUGGAAUAAGACCAUGGAAUGAGACCAUGGAAUAAAAGCAUGGAAUAAAAGCAUGGAAUAAGACCAUGGAAUAAGACCAUGGAAUAAAAGUAUGGACUAAGAACAUGGAAUAAAAGCAUGGAAUAAGCCCAUGGAAUAAGCCCAUGGAAUAAGACCAUGGAAUAAGACCAUGGAAUAAGACCAGUACAAAGUUAGACCAUGACUGCAUCGUCACGGAGCAAACUAAAUCACACGUUCUUUCACACAUUACUGUGAAGGCUUGUGUUCAUAAUGGUCAGAGUUUACAGCCUUAUGUGAGAAGAUGUUUUCACACCUCAUCCACCCAACAGCACUCUUGAACAUGGUUAACUCUGAUAACUCUGAUGUUUAGAGACCGUUAAAACCUUUAGGGUUCUUUUAAACCUUUUAGGGCUAUUCCGCACAUAGACCAGAUCCAUAGAAAGAUGGGGAUUUUCUGAAAACAGAGGAUUUUCUUUGCCUUUUUGCCUUUAACAGUGUUUUAGGUCAUUGUAAACGUCCCCUUAGUUAAACUCCUCCCACAUUUGUGGAAACUCUGUUUACAGCGUUCUUAAAAAUGGCGUUCUUAAACAAACAGAAGCAGAGCUGAGGCCGGACCUACACCUCCUAACAAAAUAACGUCAUUAGAACACAGGUUUUCCUCAUGUUGACAUAAGUUGACAACUUUUCCAUAAGUUGACAACUGUGGCCUAAUAUUUGGCAAAAAUGGAGGGAAAAGGCCCCAGUAUCCAGAGCGUCACCAAUAUUCCAUCCUUGCCUUUGAAGAUGAUGUCAGAGGAGUCAGGAUGGGCUGCGUCGGCUCUAAGAAGGACCAGCAGCCCCUGGGUAAAACCUCGGGGAGUGAUGACAGUCAGAGCCGCUCUCAGACAGCUCACUACGUCAAGGACCCAACCACAGGAAGUAAAGCUAGUAAAACGCUGUCCACUGCCAACAGUUCUGAAGGAGACACCAUCGCCAUGGCGUUGUAUGACUACGACGCCAUCCAUGAAGGAGACCUGGGCUUUAAGAAGGGAGAUAAACUGAAGAUCUUGGAGGAGUCAGGGGAGUGGUGGAGAGCGAUGUUGAUCAGCACUGGUCAGGAGGGUUAUAUUCCCAGUAACUAUGUGGCCAAGGACACUCUGGAGGCUGAGGAGUGGUUCUUUAAAGGCGUCAGCAGGAAGGAUGCUGAGCGUCAGCUGCUGGCUCCUGGGAACAAGAUGGGCUCUUUCAUGAUCCGGGACAGCGAGACCACCAAGGGAAGUUACUCCCUGUCUGUGCGGGACAGUGACGGCCAGUCUGCAGACACGGUCAAACAUUAUAAGAUCAGAACUCUGGAUAAUGGAGGAUUCUACAUUUCUCCUCGGAUCACCUUCAGCACGCUGCAGGAGCUGGUCUGCCAUUAUAAGAAGCAGGGAGACGGUCUCUGUCAGACCCUGACCAGUCCCUGUCUGAGCCCCAAACCAGAGAAACCCUGGGAGAAGGACGCCUGGGAGAUCCCAAGAUCAUCCCUGAAGCUGGACAAGAGGCUGGGAGCGGGACAGUUUGGAGAAGUCUGGAUGGCCACCUAUAACAAACACACCAAGGUGGCGGUUAAGACCAUGAAGCCGGGCAGCAUGUCGGUAGAGGCAUUCAUGGCUGAGGCUAACCUGAUGAAGACUUUGCAGCACGAUAAGCUGGUCCGUUUGAACGCCGUGGUCACCAAGGAGGAGCCCAUCUAUAUCAUCACGGAGUUCAUGGAGAAAGGUAGCUUAUUGGACUUCUUAAAGAGUGAUGAAGGAAACAAAGUCCAGCUGCCAAAGCUCAUCGAUUUCUCUGCACAGAUUGCUGAGGGGAUGGCGUACAUCGAGCAGAGAAACUACAUCCACAGAGACCUGAGAGCUGCAAACAUCCUGGUCAACAAGGCUCUGGUCUGUAAGAUCGCAGACUUCGGACUGGCAAGGAUCAUCGAGGACAACGAGUACACGGCCAGAGAAGGAGCCAAGUUUCCCAUCAAAUGGACGGCUCCAGAAGCCAUAAACUACGGCUCCUUCACCAUCAAAUCUGACGUCUGGUCUUUUGGUAUCCUGCUAACUGAAAUCAUCAGCUAUGGACGCACACCGUACCCGGGGAUGACGAACCCUGAAGUGAUCCGUUCCCUGGAGAAAGGUUACAGGAUGCAGCGUCUGGACAGCUGUCCCACUGAACUCUAUGAAAUCAUGCUGGAGUGCUGGAAGAACAAACCGGAGGACCGACCCACCUUUGACUACCUGCAGAGUGUGCUGGAGGAUUUCUACACAGCCACAGAGAGCCAGUACCAGCAGCAACCAUGAGAACCAGUAAAAGCAACCAGGGGAACCAUUACCAGCAACCAGGGGAACCAGUACCAGCAACUCGCAGAACCAGUGACAGCAACCAUGAGAACCAGUGUCAGUAAACAGGGGAAUCAGUUCCAGGGGAACCAUUACCAGCAACCACCAGAACCAGUACCAGCAACCAUCAAAACCAGUACCAGUAACCAGGGGAAUGAGUACCAGCAACCAUCAGAACCAGUACCAGUAACCAGGGGAACCAUUACCAGCAACCAUCAGAACCAGUACCUGCAACCAUCAAAACCAGUACCAGUAACCAGGGGAAUGAGUACUAGCAACCAUCAGAACCAGUACCAACAACCAUCAAAACCAGUACCAGCAACCAUCAGAACCAGUACCAGCAACCAUCAGAACCAGUACCAGUAAAGAGGGGAAUCAGUUCCAGCAACCAUCAGAACCAGUACCAGCAACCAUCAAAACCAGUACCAGCAACCAUCAGAACCAGUACCAGCAACCAUCAGAACCAGUACCAGCUGCAACCAUGUUCACCUUAACUCACCAGCAGUUUGAUCGAGAUCCCUCCAGCUCAGACUGGUUCUCAGAGCUGUACUGGUGAGAAUAGAACCGUACCAUCAGAGACUGGUUUCAGCAGCAGCAGUAAGAGUAGAUCCAGGGUUCAGGUUUUUCUGCGUGUGUGAGACCACUGAAGCAGAGAAACCAGGGUCUGGACCAGUGGAGGGAGCUGAGGAGGAGAGAAGAACGUUCUGGUUCCUCACUGUCUGAGGAGAAACCUCACUUCAUUUCCUGUUUUUCGUCUGAUGCUGGUCAGUGUGGGGUUUUUCCUCAGACACUGAAAAGUAAAGGUUGAACAAUUCUCAGAAACACAUCAGUGGACUACAACAGUUCAGACUUUCAGCAUCAGUUCUAACUUUAACCCUUUCAUUCCCAGUGAAACAGAGUUACAGGUGUAGUGGUGAAAUCUGCUCCUGUGUAAUGUGGUGACCCCUCUAGUUGGAGAAGACGAUAUGGGACAGAGAUUUAAAAUGUUAAAAUAAAUAAAAUAAAGGACCGUGAUGACACAGCCACACAGAGCUGCUGCUAACUCUGUAAACCCCCACAAACGUUUGUUUUCAGCAGAAAUGUCCCAAAGAUUUCAGAAUCCAUGGAGAUCAGGCAACCAAGUAUCAUCAGAGAAAAGUCAUUUAGAUUUAAGACUAAGAUUAAUUCAAUAAGAAAGGGCAGUUUAUUCAAAGAAGUAAAUCUUUCAUUCAUUUUGGAUUUUUUGUUUGUUCGUUUUUGGUCGUUUCAGUGACUAAAAGCUCUAAAAAGAGACCAAAUCCAUAAAUCUGUACGCCAUUAGUUAUAUGGUGGGCUUGUUUCUGCUGUUUUUCAUGUGAAAUGUAAAAUCCAAAGGUAAACUCCUGCACAUGGCUGGUCCUGGUUUUCUCUGUAUGUAUGACUCUGUGCCUUCUGCUCUCUUACCUUCAUGCCUGCUGUAGCUGCACAGCCAUUAUUACAGCCGUUAAUGUGAAUCUAGCUUCCUUCAGGUGUCUGUGUGGAAAUAAAUAAUUUAUUAUGAGAUCAUUCUGUCAGGGUUCAUGUAUGCCAGACUCUUUCUAGUAAAAAUCACUUCUUAUUUCA